GUCAACUGUUUCUCUGCUGGGGCUGUGCAAUGCUGUAAUCUGCUGUUCUGUCUCAAAUUAUUUAGAAAGGCUAGAAGUCUUCCCAUGUUUUUUGAAAUCACAAAAGUUAUUUUUUGCCAGAGAAAGAUAUAUUUGACUACAAUAGACUAUCUUCUAAUAUCAAAGCAUAUGAUCAGUUUCAGUUUUAAUCCCAAGCGAUUUUUUUCAUGAUAUAAUGUUAUGUACGUGAUCAAUUUAAAUGGGAAACUGUUCAAUUGCAGCGGAAUAGCGGAUGUUUAAAUACUUGGGUUGACGUCACUAAACUUUUCAAGAAGCGGUGCGCGCCGUCCGAGUUUGUGAAUAGAGACGGAACAGAACCGUGCAUGAACGAGAGAGAGCUGGGCGACAAGGAGACCGUACAAAACAAGGAAUCUUUCACUUCAUUCGGAGAGGGGGAACUGAUGAGUCAGAGGGGAGGAUAGAUGAGUGACAGACACUACUAGUGGGUUCCAGACACACAAAUCCAAACCAAGAAGGCUCCUGAUCCACUGCAGAGCCCAGGUCUCAGUACCACCAUAGAAGCUAUUGCAGUAUGAACCGAGCUUUCAACAGGAGAAAAGAUAAAUCUGGAGGGAUGACAUCCCCAGAGGCUUUGGCCAAGAAUCACAUGGUGUAUAAUGUCAAGUUCCUUGGCGUAACAGAGGUUGACCAGCCAAAAGGUACAGAUGUCAUAAGGAUAGCAGUGAGAAAGCUGAAGUUCCAAAGGCAUAUCAAGAAAUCAGAGGGUCACAAAACACCGAAGGUGGAGCUGCAGGUGUCCAUCUACGGAGUGAAAUUAUUAGACCCCAAGACCAGAGAUGUACAGCACAACUGUCAGCUUCAUAGGAUAUCCUUCUGCGCGGACGACAAAACCGACAAGAGGAUAUUCACCUUCAUCUGCACAGAGCCAGAGACCAAAAAACACAUCUGUUAUGUGUUCGACAGUGAAAAAUGUGCAGAGGAGAUCACCGUCAGCAUUGGUCGAGCAUUUGACCUGGCGUACAGGAAGUUUCUGGAGUCUGGCGGGAAAGACGUGGAGAUGAGGAAACAGAUCGGCAGUCUGCAGAAAAGAAUUCUGGAACUGGAAACUGAAAAUUCCAAGUUGAAAGAGCGACUUCAAGAUCUAGAGGAUCACAUGGCAGAUUGUCAAGGCUCACCGCUUCUACACUUGAACUCUUCUAACGAGGCUGACAUGCUGCCGAGUCCCUCGUCUAUGUUCUGGGGUGACAGUGUCAGCCUGAACGCCCUUUCCUUUCUAGAGAUGUCCUCUGUGGCUCUAACCCCAGCCAGCUCUCCAGACUCCAGUAUCUCCGCUGGUCUACUAACGUCUCCACCCAGUAAACCUACCCAGCCCAGGCUACCGCAGCAUUAUGGAGGUUGCUUACCUCGACCGCGAGCAUGGAGCACCAUAUCCAGGCGUCCCCCGACGGACGUUUUCGACAUGGUUCCAUUCUCAGGGUCUCCUAUGGCAAGGAAACCUGCCCUCAAUGGGUCUUCUCCUCCUCCUCCCUCCUUUUCCCCUCCUCCACCUCCUCCACAUGUUUUCCUGAGAGAGAGAGGAAUGGAUAUUUUGGGGGCGGAGCCUUUUGACCCGUUCCUCUGCAACACGUCCUUUCCUCCUGACGUCCAAUCUAAACUGGAUGAAAUGCAGGAGGGGUUCAAUAUGGGACUAACCCUGGAGGGCACCAUCUUCUCUCUGGACCCAGUGGACAGUCGCUGCUGACCGCACCGCUACCCUAACACGGACAGUUGAUGCUGACCACAUCCCUAACACGGACAGUUGAUGCUGACCACAUCCCUAACACGGACAGUUGAUGCUGACCACAUCCCUAACACGGACAGUUGAUGCUGACCACAUCCCUAACACGGACAGUUGAUGCUGACCACAUCCCUAACACGGACAGUUGAUGCUGACCACAUCCCUAA